AUGGAUGUCAAUUCAUUUUUAGGUUCCAUUUGCUACGACGAUAUUGAAGAAGAAGAAUACAUAGACAUGGAAGUAAGCGCGUAUUCAAAUCCUUUUCGUCACUUGAACUCAAGUGAAUUUGAGUUUCAAAUGUUUUCGAGCUCAUCAGACAGAGAGUUGAUCACAACUUCUCCAGCUGAUGAGCUCUUCUACAAAGGAAACCUCCUUCCCCUUCAUUUCCCACCGCGCUUACAAAUGGUUGAAAAGAUCCUCCAAGACCAAAACAACGACACUUUCGAUGAAUUCUUCGGUACCCCAUUAGCCACGAGUCCCUACGCUACCCCCAACUCAAAUACCCCGUUUCGGUCCUGCAAUAUUUCGCCUUCAGGUUCUUGUCAAGUUAGUAGAGAACUCAAUCCAGAUGAUUACUUUCUUGAUAAUACAGCUGAAAACCCUAAAAAAUCUUGGACCAAAAAGCUUAACCUAACUAAGCAAUCAUCUCUGGGGUGGUCGAAACUCAAGUCUUUCUUCGGUAAAUCGGGCGGCUCAGAUGGUUCUAGAAGCAAAUUCCCAAGAACUAGUGGAAAGAAAAAGGAAAAACUUAAUGUUUCUGGUGCAAUGACGACGUCCAAGAGAUUUUGCUAUACAAACACUUCAUCUGGGCCUUCACCCUUUACAAAUUCGAGUCAUUCCAACAGCUCUAGUGAGUUGCAGGUUCACCAUAGAAGCAUCAACAUGAGUUCCGAGAUCGAAAGCGAGAUAAAUAGUGCGAUUGCUCACUGCAAAAGGUCACAGCAACAGAUGCAUACAAUACAUAAGACCAUAAAUGACAUGGGUUUUUCUUCUUUAGCUGUUUAAUCAAGAACUGUAUGUGAUAUAUGGUUAAGAAACACAAGGAUGUACAAACCAACAAUCUUUGAUUGAUGGACCUUUAAUAUUUUGUUU